AUGAUGAUGGACACAAAUCCAGAAUUGUCUGAAGACUUUGAAUCUCAGUUAAAUAUUUCCCAACGCCCUCCAAAUUGCAAACCAGUGUAUUCUAAGAAAAGCUUAGAACAUAAAAAGGAUCUACAACAACGAUUAUUUCCAGUACACCCAGGUCAUCUGCGGUAUACCCCGGAACCCCUCUGGAAGGAGCUGUGCUCAGAGCAUGAAGGACUGCAAGAAUUAAUGAAUAAUCAGAUACUUCCUUUCUCCCAGGGAGUUUUGAUCCUUUCUAGGAGCUGGGCUGUGGACUUAAAGUUACAAGAGAACCAGGGAGUCCUCUGUGAUGCCCUGCUGAUAGCACAGAACAGCCCUCCCAUUCUCUACACCAUUCUUGGAGAACAAGUGGAAGAUGGGUGGUUCUACUGCACCCAGACUGCCUUUACUUUGAAGCAGAAGCUGGUGAACAUGGGGGGCUAUACUGGAAAUCUGUAUGUCAUGCCCAAGCUCCUCCCCCUGCAUCCUGAGAGCAAUGCCCAGUCCUUCUGUGAUUUCAGUCCUGUAAUCAACUAUCCCAAGUCCUAUAACCUUGAAGUCAUCCAGAAAAUGGAAGCACUUUUACAGUCCCUUGUGGUUGUCUUGCUUGGCUUCAGGUCUUUCUUGAGUGACCAGCUUGGCUGUGAAUUUUUAAAUCUACUUACAGUUGAACAAUAUGAGGUACUCUCCAAAAAUCUCCGUAAGCACAGAGAAUUGUUUAUUCAUGGCUUACCUGGCACAGGGAAGACAGUCAUAGCCUUGAACAUCAUUGAGAAGAUCAAGAAUGUGUUUCACUGUGAGCUAAAUAAUGUUCUCUAUGUUUGUGAGAACCAGCCUCUGAGGAACUUUGUCAGUUACAGUAACAAAAGGAUCUGCCAAGCAAAGACCCGGAAAGGAUUCAUGAUGGAUGAUUGUAAAGAUAUUCAACACAUCAUUAUAGAUGAAGCUCAGAAUUUCCGUGAUGAAGAUGGAGACUGGUUUGCAAAAGCAAAAUACAUCACUCAGAGGAAAAAGGACAGCCCAGGAAUUCUCUGGAUCUUUCUAGACUACUUUCAAACUAGCCACAUCAAGAACAGUGGCCUCCCCCAUAUUUUAGCCCAGAAUUCAAGAGAGGAACUCACAAAAGUGGUCCGUAAUUCAGAUGAAAUUGCCAGGUUGCUACAAGGUGAAUUAGACAAGGUCAAGAGAUGUCCUCCAGCACUGUGUGGCCUCAUUGCACAACCAGCCUUUGGUAACAGUAUUGAGAGUCCGCAGUGA